AUGUGGGGUGAACAGAGUGAAAAAUCUGCACCGUUUGUGUGGAAGAAAAAGCUCGAGAAACAGGGCUUAAAGGACAUUUCACGUCGUGAGCUAGAGGCGUUGAAUCGGAGAACGCAGCUGGAAAAUGUUAUCGAGCUGGAAAAGAUCAAAAAGCGUCGCUUGGAACGAGAACACCAGCAGCAACAACGGGAAGAUGACAUGUACCUUAUGCAGCGCUCGAAAGAAGCCGCUCAGUUCGAAGAGUGGCAGCGACAAGAAGAAAGUUUCCACCUGGAUCAAGCGAAGCUGCGCAGCAAAAUUCGUAUUCAGGAUGGGCGAGCAAAACCGAUCGAUCUACUGGCACAAUACAUCUCUGAGCAGAAUUUGGAGGAAUCAAUCGAGAUGCAAAUGCACGAACCAUACACCUACCUGAACGGGCUUGGGUUAGACGACCUGGAAGACCUGCUAGUGGACAUAAAGGUGUACAAUGAGCUGGAGAAGGGCAAGAAUUUAGAUUUCUGGACCGAUCUGACCAUAAUUGUCGAUGAUGAAAUUCACAAACUACGUAAAGUGGAAGCGGAAAAGCAGCGUAUUGCAACAGGUCGCCGUGAAGGAAUCCACCAGAGUGUGGCCAAAGAUGUAACGCAGAUUUUCCGUGGCAAAACCGCACAACAGCUGGACGAGCUGAAGAAGAAAAUUGAGGACAAAAUCAACAGCCAACAGGACGGGUUGGAUAUCGGGUAUUGGGAAAGCUUGCUGUCCCAACUAAAAGCGCACAUGGCGCGUGCAAGACUGCGGGACCGACAUCAAGAAAACUUACGUAGCAAGCUGGAACUUCUUAAACAGGAGCAAGAAAUGCAGGUGAAAAAAGAGGUACAAACGGACGAUGAAGAAGCAGGUCCAUCUGGGCUGGGUGCAAAAGGCGAUCAGGCUGAUGACUCAUCGAUGGAUAGCGCCGCGGCCAACUCCGAAUCGGAAGCUGCGCCGAACAAAGCUAUCGAUAAUCAUGAAUCAGAUCUGCUCGACGAGUGCUUCGAGAUGUACAAGAAAGGUGCCUAUGAACCGAAGUACAUACAACCUGAGGAUCUAGAACCCGGUAUCGACAUCAUCACGGAGGACAAGGACGAGGAGAUUUUGGAUUUACUCCGACAGAAAGUGCUCGGUAUUAACCAGGAAGAUGAAUUGUAUUCGCGUGAGGAGAUGCUGCUGCGCAAAGAGGCUCGUAGGGGCAUGGACAACGAUGAGGCGGAGUUUUCCGUGGAAACUCGGGUCGACUCACAGGUCUAUCUGUGGUCGGACAAGUAUCGGCCGCGUAAACCACGCUAUUUCAACCGCGUUCACACAGGUUUUGAGUGGAACAAGUACAAUCAGACGCAUUACGAUAUGGAUAACCCACCGCCAAAGAUCGUUCAAGGGUAUAAGUUUAACAUUUUCUAUCCGGAUCUGAUCACAAAAAACACCACCCCGCAGUAUUUCCUUACGCCGUGCUCGGACAAUGGUGACUUUGCUACGCUGCGGUUCCACGCAGGCCCACCGUACGAGGACAUCGCAUUUAAGAUCGUCAACCGAGAGUGGGAGUUCAGCUACAAACGUGGCUUCCGCUGUCAGUUCCAGAACAACAUAUUUCAACUUUGGUUCCACUUUAAGCGCUACAGAUACCGUCGUUAG